AUGACAUGUCCUCGUGUGGCUGUGUUCAGCUCGUCAUCCGUUGGGACAGUGAAUAGAUUUCUGCCGAUCGUCUCCGAGCUGGUCCUGCGCAAAUGUGAAGUGCGGUACUACAUCGCAGACCCAGCAUUCGAGCGAGUGAUUCAGCAUACAGGUGCUGCGGCUGAGUUGUUCGAUGACUUUCUUGGCUGUUGGCCAGAUUUGCUGGCUGAAGAUGCAGACUGGUUUCAAAGGGGGAAGCUGCCCUCUGUGGUGCAGGAGCAUCAUGACUUGGAGCGGUAUUUCUAUGCCUUGCCGGCUGGAGUUUGCCUUGCCAGGCGUUUGCUGAAGUUGUGGGAAGCUCCGGGUGCCUGGGUACCCUCGCUAGUAAUUUACAGUGUUGCAGAUCUGCAUCCAUGCCUUGUGUCAGCCAAACUUGGCAUCCCCUGCGUGGCUGUGGUUUCAUGCUUCUUGUUGGACCGCUACCCGGCCUGCCUCCCAGAUGAGCAGCAGAGCUCUUGGCCGGCCGUCAUUGCGGAGCACGAGGGUGUGCAGGCUGCGAAUAUGAUUGCUCAGGACGAGUUCGGCACAAACUGUCUCAAAGAGUUCUUGCCAUGCAGGUACUUCAGCCGCUGCCUCAAUAUUAUUGUCUCAAUCCCGGAUGUCGAGUCUGAAGAUCUGGAGAAGCCUUGGAUGAAAGAGCUGUCGUUUGUCUGGGUUGGCUUCACUGGAAACCAGACGUACCACAUUAAUGGGGUGUUUGUGCGGGAUGCCAACAAACUGCACCGACUACCAAGUGAUGUUUCUGCGGUCGACUGUCCCUGGCGAAUGCCCCUCCCUGGUGGAGUGAAGAUUCUGGUCGUCAGUCUCGGAUCGGAAAUAGUCGGGGAGGGAUGGAACAUAUUGCACAAGUGUGAUUCCAAGCCGUUCACUGGCCGUGACUUCAGCCGACGCGUGUGGCGAGAGCUAGUUGAGAGUUUCCGUGGCCGUAAUGAUGUUCGUGUGGUCAUGGCCAUCGGGCCACAACCUGAUGCAGCCGAAGGGCUUGGAAAGAUCCCUGGCAACUUCAUCGCUCGCCGAAGUAUUGCCCAGAUGGAUGCGCUGUCCAGAGCCAGUGCAUUCAUCACUCAUGGCGGUGGGAACAGCGUUAUGGAAGGCCUGUUGGCUGGUGUGCCCAUGGUCCUCAUUCCUUGCAGCUCGGUUCAGCAGAAGAUGGGCCAGCUCAUCGAGAGGACCGGUGCCGGCAUCGUUCUCUGGAAGCCCAUGGAAGCUCCUGCGGGAGCCAUCGCCAAGGCUGGACAAGCUGCUAUGUUUGGAGAAUCGGGGGCUUCACAGCGUCUGCGGGCCCAGGAAUUGGGCGCCAAGCUGCUGGCUGCAGGCGGAUCGCCGGCGGCAGCGGAGGCCUGCCUGGAGCAGCUGCAGCAUCGAUGGAGCUGA